GAGCCUAUAUCUAUAUACAAAAGCUCGCGUAACUACGUGGCUUACUGAACUCGCGGCUUUUCGGUACGCAGUCGCGAGAGCUAAAAAUGUGCUCCUUAGACUGAUCCAGAGCUGAUCGUUCAUAGCGUAACCAAAUGAUGGAAAAUCAAGAGAGCGGCUACAAUCGUCAAGAUAGAAAACUCGAAAGCAUCGCCGACUCUGCCGCGCUCUGUCCGAAAAAGUCUCAGGAGCAAGCGUUGACCUGUUGGCUGUACGUUUCGCGCAGUGAGCAGCUAGCGGGUCAGGAGCACGGCUUACCGCGAGCCAGCCUCGAGGAGACGAUACGCGCCGUCGAGCCCACUUCAGCCUGGCACGUCUCCGAGACGCAGUGCGGCCUGAUCGCCGGCUUUGCGCGAGAGGCCGACGCCGACAAGCUUCUCCAGCGCGGCGACCUCGAGGCGCUUUUCGGAUGCGCUGUUCAGGUCGCUCGUUUUUCCGAUCGAGACUCUCGCUACCGGCAAGCCGUUCUCCUGCGCGACGUUCCUUGGGCCAUUCCCAUUCAGGAUGUUAAUUCAGCGCUGGCCAGACAAGGCAUCGCCACCGGAAGCGUUGAACGAUUGCGCCAUUACGUGCGCGUCGAGGUCCUCGACUCGAGCCAAUACGAGCAGCUGCUGCGCGACGGUCUGAACUUCUACGGAGCCAGCUUCGUCGCGAUCCCCGAGCGCUGGUGGCGCGGUAACACCACCUCCGGGGCUGCAGGUCCGCAGAAUGGCCAGAUCCCGGAAGUUCCUUCCAACCAGCCGCCGACGGAGGACGUUCUCCAGUGCUACCGCUGCCAGGGCUUCUGGCACGUCGCCGCCAACUGCCGUCAUCUGCCGCGAUGCGUUCGCUGCGGCGAGUACCACAGCGUCGACUUUUGUCCCCGGCCGAGGAACAAUCCGAUAUGCUGCCAUUGCUCCGGGCCGCAUCAUGCCGUUAUUUCCUCCUCGCGCCACGACAUUCUUACCAGCGCAAAAGCAGCAGCGAUCUCAAGCGACGACUUUUCGUCAUCUCGUUCAAGGCUACCGCCAGUGUCCCGUGCGGCUGCAGCUCCUGAACUCGACGCCGGUCAGCCUGACUCUCAGCACCAACCGGUUCAACUCGGCCUCGAACCAUCUGCUCUUUCCUCAGGGAAAAUCCGGCAAUGGGAAUAACGCCACCGCCGCCAACAACAAUAAUGCCUCGGCACCGGCUACCCAGAGAUCCAAUCCGUCCGUCUGAGGACGAGUGCGGUUUGCGGCGACCGAAAUUACCGGCUCUCGAUUUUUUACCGAUUUUUUUGCCUUUUACACGCGACAAGCUCUCAAGAACGCCUGACGCUGCUGCCGAAUAACUUUUUUACGCCCACUUAUUUUCUUACGCAUCUUUUUGUACCCCCGCGCGAAUUCGCUUGCGACGUCGCAUAGCGAAAUACCGAGAGCACACAGUGUACAAGAAAACGAUUUCUAUUGUAAUACAAGUACACACCGAGUGCAAUAAAGACGAGAUAAACAGA